AUGUCAGAAGUCGGAAAGCAGCAAAACAAAAAGAUGCAGGAGAAGCAACGCGAAUACCAGGACUUCACCUUUUUGGCGAACAUAAUGUUCAAGACAUUGGGAUACGACUUUCUGGACUCGGUCAGGCCAUCGUGGCAGAAGGGUCUCCUCCGCUGCUACUUUUUCGUAUGCAUUGCCAGCAGCUCUUAUGAGGCUUUCUUCGUGGCCCUCGAGUGUCUCCAGGUGGAGUCUGUGGCCGGGAGUCCAUCCAAAAUCAUGCGCCGGGCCCUCCACUUUUUCUACAUGCUCAGUGCAGCAGUGAAGUUCGUCACCCUAAUGAUAUACCGCAAACGACUGCGUACGCUUAUCCUAAGUUUGAAGGAAUUGUAUCCUGCGGACGAGUCGCUGCGGAGGGAGUAUGAGGUUAACAGAUACUAUCUUCCCCGAUCGACGAGAUAUGUGUUUUACUCUUACUACUGCUUCAUGGCCGUGAUGGCAAUAGGGCCUCUUCCUCAGUCGUUUAUGAUGUAUUUUCUAAAGGGACAUUUUCCCUUUCUACGGACCUUUCCAACGCAGCUCUGCUUCCGCUCGGAUACUCCCGUAGGCUAUGCGGUAGCCUAUUUCAUGGACUUAACCUACAGCCAAUUCGUCGUCAAUGUCAGUGUGGGCGCAGACCUCUGGAUGAUGUGUGUCUCGAGCCAGAUCUGCAUGCACUUUGGAUAUCUGGCCAAGAAGCUGGCCGCCUACCUUCCGAGUCGAGAACGAGAAAGAGAGGAUUGUGAGUUCUUGGCCAGCCUCGUGCAGAAACAUCAGCUGAUCCUCAGGUUGCACAAGGAGGUGAAUCAGAUUUUUGGCAUUCUCUUGGCCUCCAAUCUUUUUACCACAGCCAGUCUGCUCUGCUGCAUUGGCUUCUACACCGUUGUCGAAGGCCGAAGUGAGGAGGGAAUGUCCUACAUGAUCAUCUUCGUCGUCGUUUCUGCCCAGUUCUAUAUGGUCAGCUCCUUUGGGCAGCAGCUUAUCGACUUGAGUUCCAGCAUUUCCAUGGCUGCCUAUUCGCAAUAUUGGUAUGAUGGAUCCUUACGAUAUAAGAAAGACCUCCUCCUUAUUAUGGCUCGCGCCCAGCGUCCAGUGGAGAUAUCCGCAAAGGGUAUUAUCAUUAUAUCCCUUGACACCUUUAAGAUCUUGAUGACCAUCACCUAUCGAUUCUUUGCGGCUAUUCGACAAACUGUGGGAAAGUGA